AUGUCAAAGAAGCUCUCCAAACAGCCAACAUUUCCAGGCACAACGCCCAUUACCCUACCAUCCAUCCUCACCGACGGUCAGCCCUUGCCGCGCGCCAUCGUCUUCGAUCUCGACUAUACGCUAUGGCCCUUCUGGGUCGACACCCACGUCUACCCGCCGCUCCGGCCUAAUCUCGCGCACAACGCCUGCACCGACAAGAUCGGCGAGACCUUCGCAUUCUAUGAUGACAUACCUUCCGUCCUACACGGCCUAGCCCGCGCGGGCAUCAAACUCGGCGUCGCGAGCCGGACCCACGCUCCGGACCUCGGGCGCGAAAUGCUCAAGCUGUUGCACAUACCACCCGCAAGCAGCGUGCUAGAUGAAAGUGGUGCGGAUGGGGGGUCGGGGAGUAGUAACAAGAAGGACAAGGUGAGGAAGGCGAUCGAAUUCUUCGACGCAGGGUUGGAGAUCUACCCCAGUAGUAAGAUACAACAUUUCAAGGCGCUAGGCAAGAGGACGGGUAUCCCGCACACCGAGAUGCUGUUCUUUGACGACGAAAGCCGCAACAGAGAUACGGAGUCUCUAGGCGUUACCAUGUGGCUGGUCAGGGACGGCGUUACGUGGAAUGAAGUCGUAGAAGGGAUUAAGGAGUGGAGGAGGCGAAAAGGUGUCCAACCAGCAUCGUGA